UGGAAAGGAGAGCACGGAGGAGGAGGAGCUGCGCGGAGAAAAAAGGAAGCGACCCAACCCCACCAUCACCACCACCACCACCACCACCAUCACGCCCAACUACCACCUCCGCGCCCCGCUCCCCCAGAGUGCAGGCGGCAUGGGCGGGGGGCAGUGGGCUGGGGGCGGCAAUGUGGGGGGACUGGUGGAGGCAGUGAGGCAGGGGCGGCUGCGACACGUUCAACUACUGCUGGAGGCGGGGGUGGAGGUGAACGGCCAGGACGAGACCGGCACACGUCCCCUGGUGGCCGCCGUGACGGGGUGGCGGGGGGAGGACGCGGUGCAGGAGCGGGUGAUGCGGGACCUCCUCAAAGCGGGGGCGGACGCCAACCUUGGGGACGCCCGGGGGACCACGCCGCUCAUGCACGCCGCCGCCCACAACCUGACGCGGGUUGCCCUCACGCUCCUGCAGCACGAGGGCGUGGACCCCGGUGUGCAGGAUGGUGACGGCAACUCAGCGCUCAUGUACGCGGCGGCGCACGGCCACCACGAGGCGCUGCUACUCGUGCUAGCCGCCUUCAGGAGCCUGCACCGCGCGACCUGCCACGCUCAGAAAAACGCGCAAGGCCUGACGGCGUGGCAGCUGGCGGAGAGAAACGGCCACGAGGACCUGGCGACGCUGCUGAAGGAGGAGGCCGGACCCUUCCCCCGCCCACGGACCUUCCUACUCCCCCGCCCACAGGACCUGCUAGACCGCCCUCCCACCCCUACUGAGCCAAGUAGGUCUUCCCACAAACGCACGAGGGUACCCGCCUCCUCGCAGCCCCCCAGCCGCGGCGGGCCCACUGACCCCCUGCCGCCCCCAGCAUUUUUUGCUUUCGGGCAGGCCGUGGGGAGCGCCGCACCUACCAGCAGCGACAGUGAGAGCGAGGGCGCUAGGCCGCCCACUGGGGGCCAGAGGCUGUUGACGGCCACCCCCACAGAGAAGUGGCCGCCGGGACACGUGCGAGAGGGAGUGUGGGGCGCAGCGGAGGACGCAAGGCUCAGCAGCAGCGGCAGCGACCGCGGGGAGAGCAGGGAGGACAGCAGUAGCCAGAGCAGCAGCGCGGGGGGCGCGGGGCCCCCCUCGCCACUACACGUACCGCCCCCCGACGAGGAGGAGCGGCGCGUGUUGGACAGGCUCAUGACAGGAAGUCCCGGCUCAGGUAAUGAGGGCGACACCGAGUCACUGAUGGAGCUGGACCGAUCGGCGGGAGCGACCAUGACAAUGGCGGCGUCGGAGGAGGGCGCGUCGCGGGUGGCGACGGGCAGGAAGGUGGGCGUGAUGGGGCCUGUGGGCGGCAUGCCGCGGCUGAAUACGGGUUCGUGUAGCCGCUCCCUCAACCGCAGCAUCGCGGCGCUGGUACAGGAGGACGCCCAGCAGCGGCCUGACCAGCGGCCGCCCACGCCGGCCCGCCCCUCGCUGCCCAACCUGCUGCCCGCCCGCUUGCUGGACGCGCCCCUCACGGCCUCGCUCGGCUCCUCCCGCCUAGAGUCGCGGCCGCCGCAGCGCCGCAUUACUCUGGCCUCCUUCCCGCGCUCCUCCUCGGAGCCCCGCUCGCUGCUCAGCUCCACGGCGGUUGUCGCGCCCCACCCACACGACGGCGCCUACGACGGCAUACCACUGGACGCAUCCACCCGCUCCGAAGGCUGGGAGGCGCUGCGGGGAGCGCGAAGCCGCCAACAGCCCUUCCCUCACCCCAGCGACGGCCACGUGGUGCCGCUGCCGCCCAUCAACGGGCCCCGCUACCUGGAGAGCGGCGCGCGCGGACGUGCUGGUGGGCGUACGCGGGGCGCAAGCGGCGAGGAGGCCGGCGACGUGUUGAGCGUGGCCAAGAAGACCCUGGAGCAGCUGGAAAACGUGCUGGCCCCCCACGAGGGGUUCGCCGCGACCCGCCCCCUGCCCCGCACCCGCACCUCACACCAGAUACAUCUAGAGACCUAGCGGCCCCAGAGUCCCCCAGGAAACACCUGGGGGAAGGGUGGGUGGAGGCGCAGCGAGCCAGGAGGCGCCGCGCCCAGGCCAGGACGUGCCCACAGGACGGUGCUGCGUCAGCCCGUCAUCAGGGACACUGACGGCAUUGAAGACGACGGUGACGGCGGUGAUAGCCAUGACGGUCGUGUUGACACGGAGAGUGCCUGGUGGCACUGCCCGCUGACCCCGCCGCCCUAAUGGCGCCACAGCGCGUGGCGAAAGUCCCGACAAGGCAUGGCUCUCCUGUGGACCGUCAACACCCCUGAUCGUUAGCAGUGACAUGUAUGUGGAUGUGUGUGUGCGUGCGUAUCGUGUGAGCGGGUGCGGCAGCCAGGCAGACAGACAGGGACCAAGAAAACAGUGCCUCAGUGCCGGUGCCAAGGAACAUUUCCCUCCGCCCCCACCUGGGUGUGCCUCAGCCAGGGAAACUCUAGACAAUAAAAAAGAAGAAUCCUUAAAACAGUGCUGUGAGGAAAGAGGUACAAGGAUACUAACUCGCCCGCCGCUACGCUUUCCUCCUCCCUGUGCUUGAGAAAUUAAAAAGGGCGUGAUCUGACUUCCUAUAACUUCAUACUUUCCAUUCAAUUGACAUUAUAUAAUUAUAUCUCACGUUAGAUACUAAAUCACUUCCGCUAUCAAAUACAUUAUAUUCAACUAACUUGUCAUAUUGUAUCUCAUUUACAUAACUUACUUCAACUAUCAAAAUUGGCUGUAAUUGUAUCUCUUUCGUUAUAACCUUAACUAACUACCUUUAUUUACCUUUCAUUUCGCGUAUCUACCCAAUAUUACCUGCCUUUGUCUACCUUUUCUUUAUUUUUUUGCAACUAACUUUACUGCCUUAUCAAACUUUUCUGACUGACACAUUUGACCCUUGACCCUCCACUCCCUCUAAUCGAGUGCUAUGGAGACUAAUCACAAAGUAAUGACCUGUGUCUCUUUUCUCCCCAACCGGAAUGGAUAUCUCUUUUGGCCUAUCUUUUCUAUUUGAUCUUAAGAGGAGCAGUGCUGAGCGGAUGUUUUUUUUUUUUCGGUUUCCUCUACUGUAAAAAACAUCGCCAAACACAGGGAGAACGUAACUUAAGAGGCGGCCACGCGUUGACCCUCACUCUUCCUCAGGUGCAGACGAUCGCUGGGACUUACUGACCGAAUGUGUGAUGCAGAAACAAUCAAACUCGCUCAGCGUCACCAGUGGAAAAGAAAUUAUAGUGACCGUUAUGACUGACGAUGAAACUUGCUCAGCGUCACCAGCGGAAAAGAAGUUAUAGUGUUCGUAAUGACUGACGAUGAAACUUGCUUGGCGUCAUCAGUGGAAAAGAAAUUAUAGUGUUCGUAAUGACUGACGAUGAAACUUGCUCGGCGUCAUCAGUGGAAAAGAAAUUAUAGUGUUCGUAAUGACUGACGAUGAAACUUGCUUGGCGUCACCAGCGGAAAAGAAAUUAUAGUGACCGUUAUGACUGACGAUGAAACUUGCUCGGCGUCACCAGCGGAAAAUAAAUUAUAGUGACCGUUAUGACUGACGAUGAAACUUGCUUGGCGUCACCAGCGGAAAAGAAAUUAUAGUGUUCGUAAUGACUGACGAUGAAACUUGCUUGGCGUCACCAGCGGAAAAGAAAUUAUAGUGUUCGUAAUGACUGACGAUGAAACUUGCUCGGCGUCACCAGCGGAAAAGAAAUUAUAGUGUUCGUAAUGACUGACGAUGAAACUUGCUCGGCGUCACCAGCGGAAAAGAAAUUAUAGUGUUCGUAAUGACUGACGAUGAAACUUGCUCGGCGUCACCAGCGGAAAAGAAAUUAUAGUGUUCGUAAUGACUGACGAUGAAACUUGCUCGGCGUCAUCAGUGGAAAAGAAAUUUUAGUGACCGUUAUGACUGGCCUCGACUGGCUGUCUUGUGAUGAUUUCCUAUGUUGACUGAUUGGUUAGUUUAAUUGGCUGGUUAUUAGAUUAAUUGAUUGACUGUUGGACUAAUAAUCUUAACGGUGGUGAUGAAAUUACGGAUUAAUUUACAUUGACUGACGGAAUAAUUCAUUGCAAACUAGAUAAUUAAUAUUUUUUUUUUCUGUUGAUUAACUAACUGCAUAACCCACCAAGAAACUUAUUGAUUUGUUUAGUCAUUAAUCACGGAUCCAAAUAUUCCAAUACUUUAAUACCUGGAAGGCGUCUCAAGGCCAGGCCACGACAAAGGUAAGCCCGGCCGG